AUGCUUGAUAGUGGUUCUACUCAUAAUUUUAUAGAUGCAAUGCUUGUGGAAAAGCGUGGUUUGCAAACUGAAAAACAUGAGGGUUUUGAUGUUAGAGUAUCAGGUGGAACUAAUUUAUCCAGUACUCAUAAAGUUCCUAAAUUGAGUAUUAUUCUUGGUAAUUAUACUGUUACUGAUGAUUUUUAUGUGAUUGAUUUGGCUGACACUAAUGUUGUUCUGGGUAUUCAAUGUAUGGAAAUAUUAGAUGAGUACACUCAGAGUUUUAAAAGAUUGGAAUUUUCUUUUAAAAUUGAUGAUAAGAAAGUAGUACUUCGUGGAAUGUCUAACGGUGGUUCCAAGAUCAUUAGUGCUAAAAGAAUGGAGGCUAUAUUCAGACAUGGAGAUGUGGCAUGCAAAACUUGGGAAGAUAACUUGAAACAUAUUGAUAUAGUUCUUGCUAUUAUGGAAUCUCAAUCACUUUAUGCAAAGGAUUCUAAAUGUGAAUUUGGAAUGACAAAAAUUAUGUAUUUAGGGCAUAUGAUCAGUGCUAUAGGUGUACAUGCUCAUCAGGAAAACAUAAGAGUCAUUCUAGAUUGGCCACCACCACGAAAUCUUACAGAUUUAUGA